GGUUACGUCAGCGCGUCAGGACUCCAUUAGGGUUGCAGCUGUUUUGAGAGAAACAACAACAAGAAGGGGGCAACUGACAGAGCUUCCACUGUGUCAUUUCGCUUUUUAGUCAGACAACGAGGUCUCAAUUCUGGGAGCCGAAACUUCCUUUCCCACCCGGAGCUUCGCCGGCUUCUAACCACGGCCGCUCUCGGUGAGGAAACUCUGGCCUCCGCUUCCUCCUCCUCCGACUCGGACACCGGCGGAGCGUCGCCGCCCCCGCGGAAGAAACACCGAGCCUCGGCGGCGGAGGGAGCAGGAGAGCCCGGGGCUUCAGCAGUUGUAACGGGCCUUUCCGGAGUUGUUUUGGGACUUGCUACUCAACCGCCACAUUCUCAAGCCACCUCUGCCAUUCACUUUAACCGAAGUGUUGUCAACAACCUCAGCAGCAACAUGCAAGCAAACGGGGCAGGACAGGAAUCCUCAGAGCUUUCCUGCCUAAACAGCACACAAAACGGGGAGUCAUCCUCGGCUGGUGGAAGCCACUCCAACGGGCUUCUGUCCAGCACUAACAACGGGAAUAGCGUCGGUACUAGUAACGGGGCUUCGACUGGACCCAGCUCGGGGACGUCGACCGUUUCCACGGCUUCGGGCUCAGAGGUUGGCUCGUUGAAAAAGAAGAAACGUCUUUCUCAGGCGGAGGAAGAUGUCAUCCGAUUAAUAGGACAACAUCUCCAUGGACUAGGGCUGAAUCAGACAGUGGACCUGCUGAUGCAGGAGUCAGGCUGCAGACUGGAACACCCCUCAGCCACCAAGUUCCGCAACCACGUCAUGGAGGGGGAGUGGGACAAGGCUGAGAAUGAUCUCAACGAGCUUAGAGCACUGAUGCAUUCUCCCAAUGCUAUUGUGCGUAUGAAGUUCCUGCUGCUGCAGCAGAAGUACCUAGAGUAUCUGGAGGAUGGCAAAGUCCUGGAGGCACUGCAGGUGCUCCGGGGAGAGCUGACGCCACUCAAGUACAACACAGACCGCAUCCAUGUACUCAGCGGGUACCUUAUGUGUAGCCAUGCUGAGGAUCUGAGAGCCAAGGCAGAGUGGGAGGGCAAGGGCACAGCCUCACGCUGCCGACUGCUGGACAAGUUACAAACGUACCUGCCUCCUUCGGUAAUGCUGCCCCCACGGCGGCUGCAGACCCUGCUGCGGCAAGCAGUGGAGCUGCAGAGGGACCGCUGCCUCUACCAUAACACCAAGCUGGACAGUAGCCUGGACUCCGUCUCUCUGCUCCUCGAUCAUGUCUGCAGCCGGAAGCAGUUCCCCUGUUACACCCAGCAAAUCCUGACGGAACAUUGUAACGAGGUGUGGUUCUGCAAAUUUUCCAAUGAUGGCACCAAACUGGCCACUGGCUCCAAAGACACAACUGUCAUAAUUUGGCAAGUGGAUCCGGAGAGCCACCAGCUGAAGCUGCUGCGGACCUUGGAGGGUCAUGCUUACGGAGUCUCCUACUUAGCCUGGAGCCCCGAUGACACCUACCUGAUCGCCUGCGGACCUGACGACUGCUCUGAGCUCUGGCUCUGGAACGUCCAGACGGGGGAGCUGCGGACCAAAAUGUCCCAGUCCCACGAAGACAGUCUUACCAGCGUGGCCUGGAACCCCGAUGGCAAACGCUUUGUGACUGGGGGACAGAGAGGACAGUUCUACCAGUGUGACCUAGAUGGUAACUUGUUGGACUCCUGGGAGGGCGUGAGAGUGCAGUGCCUGUGGUGCCUGAGCGAUGGCAGGACAGUGCUGGCCUCAGACACCCACCAGCGUAUCCGGGGUUACAAUUUUGAGGACCUUACGGACAGAAACAUAGUUCAGGAGGACCACCCUAUCAUGUCUUUCACUGUUUCAAAGAACGGAAGAUUAGCUUUGUUAAAUGUAGCAACUCAGGGAGUGCACCUGUGGGACCUGCAGGACCGGGUGCUAGUUAGGAAGUAUCAAGGAGUCACCCAGGGCUUCUACACCAUCCACUCCUGCUUUGGAGGACACAACGAGGACUUCAUUGCUAGCGGCAGUGAAGACCAUAAGGUGUACAUCUGGCACAGACGCAGUGAGCUGCCCAUUGCUGAGCUAACAGGCCACACGCGUACUGUCAACUGUGUCAGCUGGAACCCAGCCAUCCCAGGACUCAUGGCCUCUGCUUCAGACGAUGGCACAGUGCGUGUCUGGGGGCCCGCGCCCUUCCUCGACUCGCAAGAGGUGGACGGACUCAACGAAAACUGCAGUAACAUGGACAGUUGAUGGUGACUGAUGGAGCAGAAGACAGCUUUUCUUUCUUAACAAAUCCAACCCACGAUGAAAACAAAAUCCAAAUGGGCAAACGAAAUCUAACACCAACCUAAAGAGAAACAACAACAAAUAGAUGAAAGCCACCAAGACAAACAAGAAAAAAGUAAGAAGAAUUUGUCUCCUAUUGACCUAGGCAAAACUGUGGAGGUGACGAUGGACGCUUAAAAAUUGAGGUCCUCAUCUAAAACCCGAUCUUGACAGUCACCCUGCUGCAGGAUACGACCCCCAUCCACAUGGUGAGCUGUGACGGCUGCUUACCUCCUCCGACUGACCCUACUUUCCACAUCUCGCUGCGUGGCCACAGCCAUGCCAGGGCCUCCCAAAGUUUCCUGGGAAAAGCCACUUCCACCUUGGGCUUGGAGCCUACCAUCAAGCCCCCACAAUCCCUCCAGACAGACACUGCAGACCAGCCGCCUGUUCAUUGGACUAAGUCUGCCUGUUUGCCUCUCACGUACCUGUAUAUGUGUCCAUGGAGAUGGGUGGGGUGUUGUUGGGGGAGGAUGGUGCAUAGGGGGAUAUAGCAACUCUUCUGUAUGUAUGUUUUUCUUCUUCCUCUCUCUUGCUAUAUUCUUCGCACUCGAGUCGUUGGACAAAGGUGAAAAUCCACUGUAAAACACUGACUGACCAACUGACAGAGAACUCAAGAAAAGGCUAUGCUAAAUGUUGGAUUUUUUUAUGAUAGUCAUAGCAUUAUUCUCAUUUAAGAGGUGAGUUUUAGCUCGAGUAGUGCCCAUGGAAAGCUUUAGUGUGAAGAAUUCACUUUAUGUUUCACUAAAUUAGGAAAAAAAACCAACUUUUUAUCCCUUAAUUUAACUUCUAACAAGGACAGUCACUGUAAUGUUCCUAACUGACAGCCCCCAACCCCUCCGUUGAGCUAGCUAUCGCACAAUUCCAUUACAUCUGCCUAAGAGGAGAAGGACAGAGGGAUUCAUAGGUCACAUGUCAACGACGAGGGGUCAGUCGUUGCUGGUGAGGUGGUCUUUCCACUGUAGGGCCAUAGGCUAUGAUCUCUCUCAUUGGGCAGGUUUUCAGAUGUAAAGGAGUAUAAAGUGCAGCCUACACUGCACACUGAUGACUGCUGUCCCUCCUCUGUGUGUGUGUGUGUGUGUGUGUGUGUGUGUGAGUGAGAGUGAGAGAGAGAGUGAGUGAGUGAGAGUGUGAGAGAGAUUCUGCAUGCAUACUUUUGUGUGGUUGAUGGUGUGUGUGUCCUUUAGCAUGCACACAUUUGUGUGAGUUGAUGUUUGUGGGUGCAGGAUUAUUUGCGCGUGUGUUUUGUAUGUGUGUGUUAUACUCACACCAGCAGAAGAUUCUUGCUCCCCCCAUGUCCCAGAUCCUACAGUGAAAUUGUAAAGAGGAUUUUAAACCCAUUCUAAGUUAUCCAAAGCCCCAUAGUGACCUCUAUCUGUGGAACAAAGAAUACUUGAGAGCCAUUUUGUAUUUUCUUUUUUUUCUUUUUUCUUUCUUUUUUUUUUUUUUUUUUUUAAAUCUGGGGCUUUAAUUUUACAUUUGAAAUUGAUUUUUUAUAAAUAUAUAUAUAUUUCUCCUUACCACGUGGCAUUCAAAUGGCACUGAGUUAUUGGCAUUGAAUAAUUUUUUUGUGGGGAAAAGAAAAGGACAAUUAAAAAGGCAAAUUGAAAGAGGCACAUUUUGAAAAAAAAGGCUAUAAACUUGUGUUAUGAACAAAGCAUCAUUUCAUAUGAGUUAAAGAUUGUAAUUCUCGGAGGAGGGUUUAGCACAUCCCUACAGGGAAGAGACACCAACAACUAGAACCACACUCUGAGCCCACAGUGUUAGGGAAUGUGUUUUGCAAUCCUCUAACACACACAAACUGCCUUCCUCUUCAUACACUUGCACACACACCCCUCAGCAUGUAUGACACCCCCACUGCACUUUGAGUGGUCUUUUUGCUCUCUUGCACCUACGACAAUGGCCUAAUUCCAUUAGGUUCUCACAGCCAUCUAGACCUUAUGGUUGCCGCCCUCGCCAUUAUGAUGGCAUGAAAGGUUGUAUCGGCAAAGACUCACCAACCUAAGAGGAGAUUCCUGAAGGAAUUGAGCCCUCUCUAUGCCUCCAUGCACCCCCACACAGUGACUGAGUAUCUUGUACACGAUACAUCAUGCAACUCAACCUCACGCAUACAAGGCAUAGCAGCCUCAUCUUGAGGGUACCACUCUUGGAGCUUAGAGACUAUUCUGCACAACAUCCCCUUGUUCUCCAGCCAAGUUGUUCAGUGGUCAGUGCACCAUUCAAAGCUUUCUUCCUCCCUUUUUCAGGGUAUGUAAUGACUAUUUGCUACAGACUGAUAAAAAUGUUUAAAAUCCAUGCUUUUCUGUCUGUUUUUAUUGAACUUUUUGUUACUUAAAUUUUUUGUUCACAUUAUAUCAUUUUUGGUUGACCUCUAUCCCUGUAUGAUCAUAUUAAAAUAUAACCAGACAUUUGGAGUCCUCACUUUUUUUUACAUCUUUAUAACCCUGUUUUCAUUCUUUUUUGUUUGUUUGGUUGUUGUUGUUAAUUUUUUUUUUUUCAGUUGUGUUUUCAGUAUAUCUACCACUACUCUUACAAGUGAAUAUGCACAGUUAACACCCAUGCCAAUAUGAGUGGGAUGAGUGUUUGAGAAGUGUGUUACCUACAAUCAAUCAGGUUUGAACUAUCCACCCCUCGCCUUUAAAGAGAGUUACCUUCAUGUGAGGAUCUACUUAUCGCAUGUCUGUGUAAUUGACCGCAAUCUCUCUUUCCAUGUGCCAUUGUUGAUUGGCAGUUGCCAGUUCUCUACCCCUUAUAAAACCAAAAAAAAAAAAAAAAAAAAAAAAAAA